AAACCAAUGAAACAUCCUCAAGUUCUUCAGCUUCAAAAAUUACUCAAACAUCUUCUUUUGGGCCAAUAGAUAAUUAUAUAGUAAAAGCUUUGUCAGUAAAGGAUACAAAAAAGUUUCAUUGGCUUCUUUUAUGCCUUACAAUUUCAUGUGGAUGGGCAUUGCACUGGGUGAAUAAACCUGAAGCAGCUAAAUUAUUUGAAUUUCUUAAUCUGCUUCUUAAGCUUCCUGAUCGAUGUAUACUUGAGGAACGAAUUUUAAAUGAAGCAGUUGGUGAAUCUAAUAAAGCAAUGUUAAAUAUGUUAAAAGAAGAUCAAGGUAGACCACAUGUUUGGAAAGCAUUAAAUAUAAGUUUAGAACAUAAGACUCAUUUAGAGGUAAUUGAAAAAAUUAAUAGAAUGCUCAAUAAAUUAAAUUCACAAUCAAUAAAAGUUAUUUCUAUUGUAACAGAUAGUGAAGGUGCCUACACAGCUGCUAG